AUUCGUCAUAUUCGUAAUUUUCUCACUGAAGAUAUUGCUUCUGCACUGGCUCGAUGUCUCGUGCUAUCACGUUUAUAUUAUUGUAAUUCUCUUCUCUACGGUCUUUCUUCCAACUUUUCAACUUUACUUCAAAGACCUCAAAAUAGAGUUGCAAAAGUUGUUUUAAAUAUCAAUAAUUUAUCUUCCAGCACAGAUUCACCCAUUCAACUACAUUGGUAA